AUGGAACCAUCACAGCGAGCUGGCAAUGAAACUGAAUUGUUACACACUCCAGUCGGCGUCAAGUCAUGGGUGUGGAAGCAUUUUGGCUUCAGGAAAACCGAUGGAGGAGCAGUGGUAAGAGAUGUUGCCGUUUGCAAAGAGAAAGGCUGUCAGUCUGAGAUAAGAUACUGUGGCAAUACGUCGAAUCUAUCCGCACACCUGAAAAGGCGCCAUGGCAUUGAUGAUGGCGAGUCAGAGUGUAACGUUAAAGAAAGAACACAGGCUUCCACGCCCGCCAAAUCACUGGCAACGUUUUUUGCUCCAAAGUUGUCGAGCACUUCAAAAAGAGCAAAAAACAUCACCAAAGGCAUUGCGUUUUUUAUAUGCAAAGACAUGAGGCCCUAUAGCGUCGUAGAGAACGAAGGCUUUAGAUACCUGCUUGAAGUUCUUGAGCCGAGGUACAACAUCCCCUCACGGCAACACUUUAGCGAGUCCUAUAUUCCGAACUUGUACACCAAAGUUUGUGAUGAAGUUAUUCAGGGUCUGAUGAGUGCAGAGCGAGUAGCUAUAACUUCAGAUGGAUGGACUUCAUGCACAACGGAGUCCUAUAUCACUGUAACGUGUCAUUUCAUUGACAACAAAUGGCAAAUGAAAAACCACGUUUUACAGACUCGUGUUUUGGGAGACACUCAUUCAGGAGUUAAUAUCGGGCAGGUUCUGAGAAGCGCGUGUGAAGAAUGGGGUAUAUUGGACAAGGCACCGGCUCUCGUAACCGACAACGCUUCUAACAUGAUCAAAGCUGGUGAAGAGGCAGGCUUAUCACCACAUAUAAAGUGCUUCGCGCACACGCUUAAUCUGACAACACAAGAUGGCCUGAAGAUUGCUGCCACAGAACGGCUUUUAGGGCGCGUGAGGAGAAUUGUGAGUUUUUUUCACCGCAGCGCAGUUGCGACCACUGUUUUGAAGGAGAAGCAAGGUUUGCUCGGGCUUCCACACCACAAGCUCAAAGCAGACGUGAAAACCCGAUGGAAUAGUUCUUUCGAGAUGUUGGAGCGAUUUCUUGAACAACAAGCUGCGGUGAUGGCAACACUUCUCGACAAGAAAGUCAGAAAAGGCUCGUGUGACGUGCACACACUCAGUGAAAGUGAUCUCUUGGCUGCCGAACAAAUGGUGAGUCUGCUAGCCCCGCUAAAGUCUGCUACCACUCUGAUGUGCGAGGAGAAGCAACCCACUGUGUCCAUCAUCGCACCUCUCCGAAUAAAGUUGUUGGCGCAUUUCGAAUAUGUACCGGAUGACUCCGCCUUAAUCAAAGACAUGAAACGACUCAUGUCUGAAGAUCUUAGAGGGCGAUAUGUGGACGAAGAACCAUUCUUACUUCGAGCAGCUGCUUUGGACCCCCGAUUUAAAAAGCUUCCUUUCCUGGGUGAUGAGAGAAGAAACCAAACCUUUGAAUAUCUUGCGGAAGAAGCGGCACAGCUGAAGGAACAGAGGUCAGAGGCCCAGCCUGAGGAAGCCCCAGAGGCCCAGCCUCCUCACUCUUCUCCUCACCAGAUUUCUUUGGAGCUAAAUGAGGUGUGUGAUGCAGAAACCACUAAAGAAUGCCCCCCCGUUUCCAAGAAAUCAAAGGUAUUGGAGGACCUUUUUGGUGACUCCUUCUGCACUGAGGACCCAAGUGUCAGAGGCAAAACAUCCAAAGAACAAGCCCAUGAUGAAGUUAGGAAGUACAGAGAUGUUGCAUCUUUGAGCCUAGAUGGUAAGGUGUUAGACUGGUGGAGAGCUCACCAGGCUGAGUUUCCUCUCCUGGCAGACCUGGCCAAGACGUACUUAUGCAUUCCUGUUCAUCUACUGCAGAGGAUGUGUGACCAUUACCUCUAA